CGUGACUGUUGUGUUUGAAGCUGCAGCUGCUGAGUGAGCUCUUUAUUUCCUUACUGAGUUUAAAAACAGACAGAGAGAGAGAGAGAAAGAGACAGAUAGAUAGAGAGAGAGAUACAGACAGACAGAGAGAGGGGGAGACAGACAUUUAGAGAGAUACAGACAGACACGGAUAGGGAGACAGACAGUGGGAGGUGUGUUGUAUAGGGUAUGUCCAGCUGAUCCUAUGAGGAAAACAGAGAGACACACAGUGGGUGACAGAGACACAGACAGACAGAUAGAGACAGACAGACAGUGGGAGCCAGAGAGGGAAACAGAGAGCGAGACAGACAGAUAGAAACAGACAGUGGAAGCUAGAGAGACAGACAGACAGACAGAUAGAAACAGAGAGAGAGACAGACAGAAAGUGGGUGAUAGAGAAAGAGAGCGAUAGACAGUUAGACAGACAGGUAGAGAGAUGUGGUGUAUAGGGUAUGUCCUGCUGAUCCUCAGUUUUCUCCCUUGUGGAUGUUCAGGUGAUGCAUUUCGUUUUGCCUCCUAUUAUGGAGAUCACAUGGUCCUGCAGAAAGCUCCUGCGGGGGCGGUGCUGUGGGGAUACGGUUCAAGUGGAGCUCAGGUGAAAAUUUUACUGUCGGGACCCAACAGUACACAAACCAUCACUACUGCUGUUAAUGAUGGUAUUUGGAAGGUGAGGCUUGAACCGGUGCCGGCCGGAGGUCCGUAUAACCUGACCGCUAUUCAGAAAGGUACUUCCUCCUCCAAGAUCCUGCUCACAGAUCUUCUGUUUGGAGAUGUUUGGUUGUGUGGUGGUCAAAGUAACAUGGCCUUCACCCUCGCUCAGGUGUAUAAUGCCUCUGAGGAGCUGGCUGAUGCCCCUAAGUACCCGAACGUGAGGGUUUUCCAGGCGGCCCUGGAGCAGAGCAGUGUGGAGCUGAAGGAUCUGGCGGGGGUGGAGGUUCCGUGGUCUCGUCCUUCAGCAGAGAUACUCGGGGGAAAGGACUUCACUCAUUUCUCGGCUGUGUGCUGGCUGUUCGGACGCUACCUGUACGAGACCCUGCAGUAUCCUGUGGGUUUAGUGGAGUCCUGCUGGGGUGGAACACCUAUAGAGACCUGGUCUUCACCCAGAGUACUGCAGAAGUGUGGACUCUUACACAGGGUGACCCAGGCAGGGAGACGAGGAGGCGGACACAAGUGUAGUGAUAGUGAGGGGUCGUUAUGGAGGGAUUCAGUAUUAUGGAACGCCAUGAUCCACCCUCUGCUCCCCAUGACCAUCAAAGGGGUGAUAUGGUACCAAGAUGAAGCUAAUGCUCAGUCUAACCAUGAUAAAUACUCCUGUACGUUUCCUGCGAUGAUUGACGACUGGAGGAUGAUGUUCCACACAGGCUCAGACAGCCAGACUGCAGCGGACUUCCCCUUCGGAUUUGUUCAGCUCUGUACCUACCGUAAACAUACACACGACGGGAUUCCUGAGAUUCGCUGGCACCAGACUGCAGAUUAUGGCUACGCUCCUAACCAGAGAAUGAAGAAUACAUUCAUGGCGGUCGCUCUGGACCUACCGGAUGAGCAUUCGCCUUGGGGCAGUAUCCACCCUCGUGAUAAGCAGGAUGUAGCGUACAGGCUGGUGCUGGGGGCUCGAGCUGUGGCGUACGGGGAGAAGGGGGUGUCGUUUCAGGGCCCGUUCCCCACCAGCGUCCAGUUCUACAAGAACUACCUGAACAUCACCUACAAUCAGAUGAUCAGAACGUCCCCGUCCAACGAUACCUUCGAGAUCUGCUGCUCUGUGUAUCAGAAGCCGUGUGGUUCUGGUUCAGAGUGGUUUCCGGCUGCGCUGCAGGAGCAGGACCGGGUCAGUGAUUCUGUUCUGGUAUCAGUAGACGGGUGUAGCGCUGACAGCGUGGCGGCUCUGCGUUACGCCUGGAGCGACUGGCCCUGUGAGUUUAAGGACUGUCCUGUCUACAGCGCUGACUCCGCCCUACCUGCCCCGCCCUUUAUUAUCAACCGCUGGCCAGCGCACAGCUAACAGCGUACCUGAGGGGGUAGCGUAUAAUACUGCUAACUGUGUGUGUGUAAAUUUUGUAAAUCGGUUCAGGAAUCAAGUGCAAAUUGGAAUCAAUGAUUCUAAACAUUUUUAUGCUUCUUUAUGUGUUAAUAUAUGAGGCUCUGAUCUGGUGUAAACAUAAACACAACCGCGGGGAAACUCAGAGACGACACAGAGCUCUCCUUAGACACUGGAUUGUUGAUUUGUUGAGGUAUUCUUGAGUUAUUACGCUGAGAAAACAGCAGUUGAUAUUUUUGCAUCUGAUGCUGAUUGAGAUCUGGUACUGGUACUAAAUAAAUAGGGUAUUGUACCAUUUUUAAUGAUAAAAUAUUGAGAUACUGUUCUAGGAUCAAUGUUAGGUGAGCAAGUCAGAGCAUCAGAGAAAUCAUACGGUAAAUGAGGAUAACAUAGCAAAUUUUACUUGUAACUAAUAAGAGUGAUUUUAUAAGCAAUUAUAAGUAAGCCUACCAACAAAACAACAGUAAUCGGCCCUUUAAUCAGACAUUUAAAUGGCUUUUUAAAAGGUAAAUAAGAGCGUUUGUUUCUCUGGGAUUAAAAGUGUGAAUUCAGCUGUACCUGGAAAUAUCUGCGAUGCAAAACUGUGCUGAACUGAGGGGCACAGCUUUCAACCAUGCUCACGUUUACCAUUGCCAUGCGGUUACCUCGUGUUUGCACAUACGUGGAGCACUUUCGACCAAUCAGACCUUAUCUUUUUCGAACGACCCACCUCACAUAGCUUUCCACAGUCAUUAUUCUGUGUUUCGAUCCACUUGAUUACUGAAAAGCAGAGGAAACCAGAAAAUAAGGCCUUUAAAAGCUGGGAGACAUUUAAACUUUAAAAUUCCUCUGAUAUUUCGUGAAUCGGUUCAUGAAUCGAGUGCAAAUUGGAAUCAAUGAUUCUAAACAUUGUUUAUGUGUCCAUAUGUUGAUAUGAGGCUCUGAGCUGGUGUAAACAUAAACACAGGGGCAGGGAAACUCAGAGACGACACAGAGCUCUCCUCAGACACUGGAUUAUACUUCAGAACUAAAAACUGAGGAAUAAAGCUGUAAACCAGCUACAGAAACUUACUGUGAAAGAAACUCUGAAGGAGAGAUUAUUAUUUUCUUUUUUUACAAUGAAUUAAUCAUAGAUGCUGCAAUUUAGUACCUGUACUAAAUAAAUAGGGUAUUGUACCAUUUUAAAUGAUAUAUUGAGAUACUUUUCUAGUAUUGUUAUCAAGUAGGCAAGGCAGAGCAUCAUAGAAAAUACAUCAGAGAAAUCGUAUGGUAAAUGAGGACAACAUAGCAAAUUUACUAAAAAUUGUACUAAUAAGAGUGAUAAAGCAUUUAGCUUAUUUUACGCAUUAUAAGGUGCACUUAAAAUACUUUAAUUUUCCCAAAAAUCCUUAUAAUCCGGUGCUCUAUUCUAUAAGUCAGGUAUUAAGGAGCAGUAAAGCCACUGAAGCUGCUGAAGUACAGAGUUAUACAGGAGUUUCAGUUUAGCUAUAUAGCAGUAUUAGCAUUAGCUGCUAAUCGCACCAAGUGCUAGCCUUUUAGUCGUACAGAGGUGAGUAUUAUUGGACUGUAGUCUGCUGCUAACCCUGGCUAGCACUGCUGGAGCAGCAUUAGCAUUACCCGCUAAACGUGCUAACCAUUUGGCCAUUUAGAGGUGAGUAUAUCGGACUGUAGUCUGUGUGACUACCGUGUUAAAACAAGCUACGUGGAACGAACCGCUAGCUAAUAUCGCCCUGGCUUACUGGAACACUCAGAGUUCCUCAGUGUAGCACUGUCAGGCGGCAGUUAGGGGGCAUUAGCAGUUAGCUGCUAAUGCUAAUCUCCAGCCUUAGUGGAAAUCUAAGCUUACUGUAAAUAAACGGAAACACUUUACUCACCCAAAUAAACAGUUUUUAGGAGAGAAAUCUGUGUAGAUUAACAUCCAGCACUCGUUUUACUUUAAAAGAAAUUGUUCCUUACUAGUGUUGUAUAAUGUGUGCAUUGUGAAUGGACAAUAGACCAGAAAAUAGACGUUUAUUGAUGGUGUGCCUUAUAGUGCGAAAAAUACGAUAUAAGUAAGCUCACUAAAUGUUUUCAAACUAUAUUUGGACCUGCUAUUCAAAUUAAAAAUUUAAAAUUUAAAAAUUAACUAAAAAAAGUCAUUUUAGGUGCCGAUCUAUUUAAGCUGAACAUUGUGUCGUAGCUAAGAAGGGACCCUACUAUAAUAAUUUAACUCUCUAUUCUAAAACAAUUAUAUUUUUUUCACAUUUUCUAAACACUUCUAAAUCCUUAUAUUAUAAAAAUAUAAUUAGAUCUCACACAAACCUUAUCUUAAGGUCUUAUUUGUCAUUUUCCAGAGUUUUUAAGGAUUGGUUUAAUCUAUAUUUCUGCAUAAAUCCUAUUUAACACUUUAUCAGAUUUUCACACAAGCCCUAAAAGCAGAUAAGGAGCUCCAAAUAAAAUAAAAUACAAUAUUAGACGUAUUUAAUUUUUUUUUUUUAAUAUAGCAAUUUCUAAAGGGCUCGCAAUUGGGAUGUACAGACAUUAUUUUUCAUAAUAUUUUAACAUGUUUUCGCUCAUUUUGCCACUUUUUAACCACUGUGUAAAUGAAAUAGAUGUAUAAAUUGAUGUGCCUUUUUACUUAUUUUUCACUAACUAAUUUAUCCAGUGCAGCAUCACUAUAUAUAAAGUACCAGACAAAAGUUUGGACACAUCUUCUCUUUCAGUGUUUUUAUUUUAUUUUAUUUUAUUUCCUACAUAGUAAAUGAAUAGUGAAGUGAUCUAUCAGACUAUGAAGGAACUUUAAAGUGUUAAACAAACCAAAAUACUCUGUGGUUUCUGAGGCUGGUAACUCUGAUGAACUUAUCCUGUACAACAGAGGAAACUCUGUUAUCUCUUCCUUUCCUGGGGUGGUAACCCUGAUGAGUGCCAGUUCCAUCAUCCAUAAUGUUUUUUGAUGUCUUUGUGGUAACUGCACUUACUUUCAAAAGAUACUUUCCAAGUUCUUUAACACAACUGAUGCUCUUAAAUUUACAUUAAGAGGCAAGAAAUUCAAGUAAUUAACUCUUGAUGAGUUCAGCACAGCUGUUAACUGAAAGCCUGAAUUCCAGGUGACUCUACCCUUAUAAAGCUGACUGAGAAAAUCCAGCAGAGAUGUUCAAAACUGUGCCUAUUUCAAGAAUGUAAAUUUCUGGUUUGUUUAACAUAUCUUUUUAUGUUUCUCUUCGUAGUUUGGAUGAUUUUAGUGUUAAUCUACAAUACAGAACAUUUUAAAAUGAUGAAAAAACACAUUUUAUUAAGGUGUGUCCAAACUUUUCACUGGUACUGUAUAUUUAAUAAUAUAAAUAAAAUAUAAAAUAAAUAAUAUAUAAAAUAAAAUAUGCUUUAUUAACUGAUGGAUAUAACAAUACACAAUAGGGAAUUGUGUUGUUAAUAUUGUUAAAUCUGUGAAUACAGUGUUUACAGCAUAUUUGUGAGCUGCUCUGUUAUGAAUGACCAGCAGGUGGAAGUAUUGCAGUAUUGUAUACUCUCUCACAGCAGGUAAAUGGAUCAAGAGGACUGAAUGUUUAAUCUGUUUACUGGCUGAUUUUUGGGAAUUUAUCAGAAUUGUAUAAUUGUGUACAUAAACAGUUUAAACAGGUGUCUUAGAGAACAACAAUCAGCAUCGAUUGCUUUAAUAUUUUUAUUGUGCUUAAAUUGUGCUUAGAGAUAUUUCUCUAUUAAUGUGCAAAUGUCAAUAAAGAGGUUUGAUUUUUA